UGUGGUCAAAUCCUCUGUGGCUCUUCUACAUGGACACAGCUAUGGAGCCACCGGUGGAACUCCAGAGCAUCGAUGCAAAUCGUUUGGGAAUUGGAAUCCUCAUCCGCGACGACCUCGGCGAUGCUGGCGGGCAGGAGGAGGAGGAGGCUCCGGCCAGAAUGGGCCGCCAGCCCAAGAACGUGAAGCUGUCGGCGGCGGAGGCACGAGUCGUGCUCCUGGCGCUGGCGAUGGUCGGCCUGGGAAUCGCCGUGUUCUUCAUCCUCUCCAUAACCGUCGUGCAGCCCUUGCUCAACGGCCGGGGCAGCACGGAGGCGAACUGCACGGUGAUCUCGGCCGAGAUCCCCAAGUGGAUUGACUGCGCCUUCGAGUGCGGCCCCUACUGCAAGGGCGUCUCGAGCUACCCGUGCCUGCAGGUCUACGUCAACGUGACGCCGUGGGGACGCAAGGUUCUGCUACAUCGCGACGAGCAGUCCAUAUCUUCCAGCUCGCAGUGCUACCAGUUGCCCAAGUGCUACCGGGACCACGCGGAUGCCACCGCGGUGAUUGAGCCACUGAAGUCGUCCUUCAGGGCCCUCAACCGCACGCCCUUCCGAUGCUUCUACAACGCCCGCGUGCACCACGACGACGCCCUGUUCAGCCGAUCGGCCAGCGACUCCGAAUCUCUGCUGCAGUGGCUUCUGUGGCCCCUCUUGGCCGUGGCCAUCGGUGCCGCCCUCCUGUUCCUCCUGGCCUUGAGUCACACGCUGGCGGGCGUGUGCGAGAACAAACAGACGAUUCAGCACCGCCGCAAGGCGCACUCCGACACCGCGCGUCCGGUCGCCCGGCGUCCCUGGAGGAGCGACGUGGCCGGCGGCGACGGUGGUGGCAGCGGCAGGUCCAAAAGCCGGGCCUCUUUGCGCUCGGCUGGCAUAGCCAUCGUGUCUUUCCGCGCUGUGGGAAACAGCCUCAAGGGAGAAAAGCACGUGCAUUUGCCGUGA